UUCAUAGUGAUAAACCAACUUUAUUUAUGGCAGUUUUUUGUCGAUUAAACCAUGAAUAAAAAGAAAUAUUUAAGAACGUUCAGUCCUUUAUAAAUGGUAACGUGUUUCUGGCUAUAAACUUCAAGAUAUUACUCCGUUUCUUUACAUAAAAAUAUGGCAACUUCUAGUUUUAAAAGCGACGCUAUGGUUCUUGACGACAUAGCUGAUUUUUUCCCCUCGAAGGGACAAGAUGUCAUUAAACCUAGAUCUUUUAAAAAGCGAAGGAAAAGAAAUCGUUCAAAUAUAUUCUACUUGUUGGAAAGUGCUGGGAAAAUAAGCGAAGAAAGUGACACAACAGAUGAAGCAUUGAGGGAUUAUAUGGAAAAUAUCGCAGCUCAACAAAGUGACUCAGAUUUGGAUAGUAAUAUGAUCAAACGUUUAUCCUCAUUGCGCUGUCAACUUAACAAUCUUAGUAAUGGCUGUAGUGACCCUUAUCAAUACGCAGAUAAGGCUGAAAGUGAUUCUUGUUCCGAGAUCAACUACCAAAAGAAAAGACGGAAACGUAAAAGAAAACAUAAAAAAAUGUGUGGUGGUACAUCUCAUCCUCUCUCAGUCACAUUGCAACCUAGCUUAUUCAAAGUCCCACCUCCUAUGACUAUGGACAUGACUAAGUUAAACACCACUCAAUUGACCAAUGGUAAGCAUGUUAUUUUGAAGGCACACCGCAGUUGGUUAAAUGAUGAUGAUUUCUUAGCCGAUGCUGAAAACGGUCAUACUAGCAGCUGUGGGGAGUAUGCCAACCAUAUGCCAGGUUCAGCUGAACGAUUCCGUCACUCCUGGCCGAACCUACAGGAUAUGGAAAUAUGCAGUGAUGAACAAGAGAGCGAAUCAGACACAAUGUGUGAAAGCACACACACCCCUGAAAGCAGUGCUCUGUCAUCAAGCAGUGAGGAGGAGAUUUUUACAAAUGAUGAAGGACAAUUUGGCGAUGACGAACAGGAGGAAAGCUGUUACGAGACAGACUCCCAAUGUGGCUGGCUCCGAAGAAAGUCUAUCAGCGAUGAUGAGGAUAUCAAGUUCCAUAAACUCUACCGAGAGACUUUGGAAUAUCUCAAAUCAAAACCAUUUUUCCUUGAAGAUGAUCAAGUGUCCAGCAAUAGACAGUCUGGAUCAAAUUUCCUAAGAUCUGAGAUGGGACAGUCAGCAAUGCUUGAAGCCAAUAAAAGAAUCAAGAAAUUUUUGAAAGAUCCUAGCAAGAGAGAGCUACGUCUUUCUCAUGUGAAGAGGAAAGACAAGGAGGAGCUCUCCCAGUUGGCAGCGUUGUAUUCAUUACAUUGUAAAAUGGAGGAUCCAACAAGGAGAGGAAUGGUUGUUCUUGCCAAAACAAGGAGUACAAGUAAACCAGAACAAUCUGCCUUGUGUCAUUUCCUUGGAAGACCGUUCAGAGAAUUACGAGAGUCACAAACAUGUAGUCCUGGAAUUGAUGUUAAAAGGCGACGGAAGGCGUCCCCACUUAUACCAGGUUUAUUUGUUGGUGAUACUGCUCCUCCAUUGUCAGAGAAGAAUAUUGGCAAUCAGAUGUUACAAAACAUGGGCUGGUCACCUGGGCAAGGACUUGGUCCCACCUGCUCUGGUAUACGAGAUCCAGUGAAGGCAUUCAAACGACCAGGUCGUCUUGGACUAGGGCACAUGGGAAAGUCACGAAGCCUAGAACAAUGAUAAAAGAUGGUAUUCAUAUGCCUAACCAGCAGUGAAAAAAUUUUUUAAAUAGAAUUUUAAUAGAAUUUUUUUUAAAUAGAAUUUUUAUGAAUUAAAAGAAUAGGAAUGAUUAAUUUACUACCAGUUCUAUGCUAAGUAUAGAUUUAAAGUAGCU